ACGAUUUCCGUUUAGGCCUCAGAUGUGCGCAGGACCCGAAGCAAGAAACACGUCGUAGUUCCCCAUAGAGCUCUCUAGUGGAGACAGUAGCGUAAAAUUCUUCAAGGAAUCAAUUAAAAAAGUUGUGAAAACAAUUCGCAUAAAGAUGCUGCAGCUGAACCCAAGGAACUACUGCAUUCUCAAUAGCCUGAAUGGCGCAUUAGCCUGCUUGGCGCUCCUUGUUUUUCUGGGCACCGCCGUUCAGGGCCUGCAGCUGAGCGCAUUCACGACGAAAACUCCGAGGGUCAGCAAAUACACAACCAAAUCGCCAUCGGCAUCGUCGAUGAACCACGAUGCCACUGCUUCGUUGUAUCGCUUCAAUUCCACCAACGGAAUCACCUGCAUCCUAAUGCAAGUCGACGGUCUCAUUGGCAUCAAGUAUCGCAACAAGCUGAACGAGGAUGUGGAGGCCGAUCUGUACAUGCCGGACAGCCCCCAGCUGAGUGGCGAAUGCGAAGAGUCCAACAUGGAGAUACUUACAAUGGAGUUUAAGGGUUUCAAGCUGUCCAUGACAUUCAAAAAGUCUUCUGGCGGCGAGGGCUGGUACAUCAACCUCUUCGAACUGACAUACUCGUCGUCCAAUCCACUGUUCGAGCACCCCGAUCGCCCUGGACUGAACGUGAAGCUCACCUCGCCUGUGCACACGCCCAUGUACUUCCCAACGCCGGUGGGCAAAGCGUAUGUCUGCGACAAGGAGCAGACCGUCAUAAUGUACGCCCCACACGACUCUGGCGACCAGUCUGGACAUAUUGCCCGUCUGUAUUUGCGCGAUCUACACAUGCAGAGCUUCAUGUUCAAGGAGACCGGCAAAUGGGGACCGUCAUUCCACUGCAGUGCCACUGGGUCCUAUCGCGACGAGACAGCGCCUCUGGCAGUGGGCACUGCACUGGCCAUAGCCGUUCUGUUAACCAUAUCCGGCUACGGAGGUUGGCGGUACUUUAAAGUCAAGAAGGUUCAGUACGGCUCAAUGGAGUGAGCGAGGCGACAAUGAGAGGCGCUUUUUGUUCAAAUAUUCUCGACCAUAUCGUUGUCUAAACAUAUCCCCAUGUUUGUUGGAUCUCCUGUAAUCCGUAGUCCUAUUUUUAAACUAAGAGUUGGCGCAGAACUGCUGAUAUUACCAUUUAUGAGAUACACAUAUAUGAGAAUUGCAAAUGUCUUCCAUAUUGUUAAUGUAUAAAAUAAUACGCACCAUAUACAUAUACAUGAACAUAUAAUUAUAAUUAUUAAAUGUUAACAUAAAUCCUUACUAACCCAAGAUAUAUCAGAUAUUGUUUACUUGUCUUCAAAAAAAGACCAAUGUUAUGGCACGUCAUGUACUCUAGAUCGAAUCGAAUAGAAUCGCUUCUCAAUCUCUACUCAAAUUUCAGCAUCAAUCUAUUGUUAAUUGAAAUUUCCUCCUGCACCUUCCAUUCUCCUUUGAUUAAAUCUCAGAUUCAUCGCAAA